AUGGUUCGACUGAUUACCCAGAACCUCCUCUCCUGCCCUUCGCGCGCCUGUGCAUACCCGACCAACUUCCCACUCUCCUUCCGCAAUGUCACCAAGCUCGAGAUGGUUGAAGCCGACUUCAACGAGGAGUUUCUGCGCGGGGUGCUGAGCAGGCUCGAGUGGCAGGCGUUGCGAAAAAGCGCGGCGGAGUUGGGCAACACCGACCUUCCAGAACAAUCACCAGACCUAACGCGACCUGAAGCCAUUCCGCUCGACCUCCUCAAAUCGCUGCAUCAUGUCUUGCUCGAGAUCGUAGUUGCGGACGGAGAGAUGGUCUGCCCGCAGUGCGAGCAUGUCUACCGGAUCAAGGACAGCAUACCAAACAUGCUUUUGGCGGAACACGAGAUUCGGCGAUGA